AAUUAUAUUCUUCUUCCAGAUGAUCUUAUUAAGCUGAAUAGGUUAAUCACAGUGUUUUACAAUGGUUGAAGCUCAGCCGAAAGUUAGAUCCUCAUGGUACCUUCUUCUCGGGAGCAUCUUUGCUUUUCUUGCUGCUCUUAUCCUUGUUAUUGCAUUCUGCAGUCCGUAUUGGUUAGAAUCUUAUCCCGAAACAUAUGCGGAAUUUGUACGAAUGGGCUUAUGGAAUUUCUGUUUCAGAAACUAUCGGCAUCCUUCAUAUCAAUAUGAUGAACUUUUUGAUGGCUGCCAUUGGGUCUUCAGUUAUAAAUAUCAAAGUAUUAGAGAUUGGAUGCAACCUGCAUGGUUAAUAUUUGUGCAAACAGUAAUGUCCUUAGCCAUCAUAUUUUCUUUUAUAUCUUUGAUGUGUACCAGUAUCAUACUUAUGCGUUUUCUUAUCAAGUUUGAAGUCUUUAUUAUUGCUGCUGCAUUCCUUCUAGAAGCCACUACAACUGUAAUUAUGUUUCUUGGAGUAAGUGUAUUUGGUGGCAUGUGUUAUGACAGAUCUUGGCUCCAAUAUCCUUCAUUUAAUCACUUGUCUUGGGCAUAUGGACUUGCAGUUGUUUCCAUGUUUUUUCAUGGUUUUGCUACUUGUUAUUUAUAUGCCGAUACCAAAAGAGCACGUGAGCACAGACGUCGAGCAAGUAAUUUAGUAUAUAACAUGCAGCCUAGAUUUUAAAUCAAAAUAUCUAGUUUUUAUGGAUUCUUCCAUUUUUAUAAGCUUUUUAAACUUUUAAAAGUGUAUCAUAUUUAUUCCAUUCAUGUUUGAUUUUAACUUUUAAUUUCCUGCCUAAACGAAGAAUGCAUGAUUUGAGAAAAGGAGGAUGAUAUAUCACAUAAAAAGAUUAUUGUCUAAUUUACACUAAUGUUAAAUCUCAAUGUUAUCACAAUUUUCCAUAUUAGUAAGGCUGUUUAAGUAACAAUCAAAUGAUGUUUUUUAAUAUUAAAUGUAUAAAAUAAUUAAGAAUAUGUGCAUUUUUUAUUUUCAGGUAAAAAAAAAAAAAUGUCAAAUGCAUGAAUAAUGUUGACUAAGAACAGUGCUUUCAGAUAUGUUUAAAGAGUACUUUUAAUAGUUAUUUCAUACUAUAUUUUCUGAAGUUAUUUUACAGUGGUAAAACUAGAUUAGUGAAAAUGAAUACAUCAUUCAUUUACUUUGUACACUAUCAUUUACAAUUUCUUUGAUUUAUUAUUAUUAUUUAUUCACUUAAUUUCCGUUAAUACACUCUUGUAAAUCAUGAGUUGACACAAGGUAUUUUACAUUUUUUGUAUAAAAGUUCCUGGCCACCUUAAAAGUCAAUAAUACAGUUGAUAAUUUAUCAUUUUAAUGUAUAGAAUCAUGCUUAUUUAUGCAAUUUGUAUUUUAUUAUAUCUAUAAUUAACAUGAAAGCUUUUUAACUAAUGGAACAUCAAAAUAUCUACAGUAUUUUCUAUAUUUUUUGCACUAAAAGAAAAGAAAAUAAAUGAAGAGAUGUAUUUAAAUGUUAAAUUAAUUAAAUAUUACUUUAAUAUAUUCAGAAGUUAUGUAGCCUA